CACUUCCUGUUUAUUUAGCCAAUCAUAUAAUUCUUGCUUUGAGGGUUUGGUGACGUAACCAGCUCUGGUACUUCCCGUUUGUUUUCUGAGCUACUAAACCGAAACAGAACGUUCAAUAUCAGGAUGCACUUGCCAAGGGUUGGAAUUUACAUGAAGAGGAGAAAGCGGGGCUGCUCUCACGCUUGAGCAUUAUUGUCUUCCUCCAUCUGGCUUUCACCCUCUCCUUCUCUUGAUAUUGGUGCUCAUUUCCUCUUCCCUCUCCACCAUGCUGUGCUGGGGGAAUGCCAGGGAUGGGCAGCUGGGUAUUGGCAUGGAGAGGAACCCUGUGUUUGAGCCGAGGAGCUGUCAUAUGUUCAGUGGCAGGGGACUGAAAGAGCUUGCCUGUGGAGGGCAACACACUGUGUUCCUGCUGCAAGAUGGGAGUGUGUACACAUGUGGCUCUAACAGCUGUGGACAGCUGGGACACGACCAGACUGAGAGCUCCCCAGAGCUGGUGGGCGCUUUGAAUACUCAGAAGAUAACGACGGUGUCAUGUGGUCGGGCCCAUUCGGUGGCGGUGAAUGAGCAGGGUCAAGUGUUUGCGUGGGGAGCUGGAGAAGGCGGACAGCUGGGGCUGGGGAGCGUGGAUGCAGCUGUUCGAGUCCCAAGAUUGGUUAAAAGAUUGUGUGACCACAGCAUCUCCCAAGUAAUGUGUGGGAAUCAGCACUGCAUCGCACUUUCUAGAGAUGGCCAGCUGUUCACGUGGGGGCAGAACACCAGUGGUCAGCUCGGACUGGGGAAAGGAGAGCCCAGCAAGCUGUACCCUCAGCCUCUGAAGUCUCUGGCAGGAAUUCCUUUAGCACAGAUAACUGCUGGGGGAGACCACAGUUUUGCACUCUCGCUGUCUGGGGCCGUUUUCGGCUGGGGCAAAAACAGAGCUGGACAGCUGGGCCUUAACGAUAAACAAGAUCGGGCAGUGCCCUGCCACAUCAAGUUUUUGAGAUCUCAGAAAGUUGUUUACAUCAGCUGUGGAGAUGAGCAUACAGCGGCCUUGACGAAGGACGGAGGUUUGUUUACAUUUGGCAAUGGCUCGUGGGGUCAGCUGGGUCACGGCUCCACCAAUAAUGAACUUUUACCAAGACGAGUGCUGGAGCUGAUGGGUACGGAGGUGUCCCAGAUCGUCUGCGGCAGGCACCACACGCUGGCGUUCGUGCCAUCCUCUGGCGUGGUGUACGCGUUUGGGUGCAACAGCCACGGCCAGCUGGGGACAGGAAUACUGGGAGAUUCCAGAAGCCCGUUUCCCGUUAAGACCAGCGUCCUGACAGGAAAUGUCCAGAGAAGAGAUUCGAAGCAGUAUAAAGUGACCAAAAUCAUCUGUGGAGGAGAUCACAGCUUCUUAUUGUACUCAAAUGAACAGAGCUCCACCACCCCAGACGACUUCAGAGUGAUUAACAUCAGUAAAAGCCUUUCCCUGAUCAACUAUGACAGGUUAAAUUCAUGGAGGUUAAAACUGAUGUACAGCGCAGACUCUAGUGUCACAAAUGACAUUAUUAUUCAUCUCUCCUCAACUGCUUGUUGGAACGCCAGCUUCUUGGACCAAAGUGAUGAUACUCACUUCAAAACCAACCCAAAGAUUCCGGGAAUCGAUCUCAACUCUGUCAGAAUGCUGUUUGAGACUCUCAGUAAACCAGCUUUUUCUGGACUUCUGGAACAGGCAACCAAGAGUUUUGAAAGCCUCUUGAUCCCCCAGCUGCCACGUUCCCCUCCUGACGUCGAGGCCAUGAGGAUCUACCUCAUCUUAUCGGAGUGCCCAGCUCUGCGGGAAUCCAAAUACUACAUCCGCCUCACUAUUCCUCUGGCAAUGGCCAUUCUCCGGCUAGAUGCCAACCCCAGCAAAGUAUUGGAUAACUGGUGGUGCUUUGUGGACGGCAGCGUCUUUACCAAAAUGGUCGACAUGUACAAGAGCAUCGUCGUGUUCAUGCUCACAGGAGGCAAGACGCUCCUCGUGCCCGUGUUCUACGAGAACUAUUUUGUGGCCACGCUCAGGCUGCUAGAGAAACUCCACAAGGUAAAUCUAAAGGCCCAGCAUGUGGAUUAUAACCGUUUUUAUAUCCCAGACAUCACCAGCCUGGUGGACAUCCAGGAAGACUACCUCAAAUGGUUUCUGAGUAAAGCAGAGAUUAAAAUGGGAUCAUCCCCUUCACAGAAUGACUUUCCCUCACUGAACCUAUGUGCCUAUCCGUUCAUACUGAACGCCCAAGCCAAGACAACAAUGCUGCAAACUGAUGCUGAACUGCAAAUGCAGUCUGCCUUCUUUCUCUCCACACCUCUAACCAUCAACGUCACCAAGAUGGCCGUAAGCGGUGCAAACCUACACAACGUCUUUAUGCUGCUCACGCUGGAACCGCAGCUCGCCAGGAACCCCUACCUGGUGCUGCAUGUUCGCAGGAACCACUUAGUGAGUGACACGCUCCGCGAGAUCACCACGUACUCUGACGUGGACCUGAAGAAGCCCCUCAAGGUGAUUUUUGACGGGGAGGAGGCAGUGGACGCAGGUGGAGUUACUAAGGAGUUCUUCCUGCUGCUGCUGAAGGAGCUGAUGGAUCCAGUCUACGGGAUGUUCACCCAUUACAAAGAGUCCAACCUGCUGUGGUUCUCUGACAAAUGUUUUGUGGAGCAGAACUGGUUUCACCUGAUUGGGAUCAUCUGCGGUCUGGCCAUCUAUAACUCCACUGUGGUGGACCUCCACUUCCCCCUGGCUCUCUACAAGAAGCUGUUGGAUGUAUUACCAACCUUGGAGGACUUCAAAGAGCUCUCGCCCACUGAGGCCAGGAGUCUCCAGCAACUUCUAGACUAUGACGGAGGAGACGUGGAGGACAUAUUUCUUCUCAACUUUGCUAUUACCAGGGAGAACUACGGGAUGACAGAAGUCAAGGAGCUGGUUCCAGGUGGAGAGAGCAUCGCCGUGGACAAAAACAACAGGAAGGAGUUUGUGGAGGCAUAUCUGCGCUACGUGUUCUCAGACUCUGUGUGCGAACAGUACUCGGCCUUCUCCUCCGGCUUCCUGAAGGUUUGUGGAGGGGAGAUCCUCUUGCUGUUCCAGCCCUCUGAGCUGAUGGCCAUGGUUGUUGGCAACAACAACUACAACUGGGAGGAAAUGGAGAAGAAUGCUGUAUACAAAGGAGAGUACACAGCCACACAUCCAACAGUGAGAUUGUUCUGGGAGGUUUUCCAUGAGUUUCCCCUGGAAAAGAAGAAGCAGUUCUUAUUGUUCCUGACCGGCAGUGAUCGCAUCCCCAUCCACGGUAUGGAGAGCCUGCGGAUUGUCAUCCAGUCCACCACAGCCGAGGAACACUACCUGCCAGUAGCGCACACCUGCUACAACCUGCUGGACAUGCCUCGCUACCAGACCAAAGAUAUCCUACGCCGUCGUCUCACUCAAGCUGUGGAACAGUACGAGGGCUUCAGCCUGGUCUGAGGGAAGUCCCAGUUGGGCUUCAAAGCACUUUAACAGCAAUACGCCCCCAUCUUAGUGUGUAAACUGGGCAGGUGACGGGAUAUCAGAUAAAGGAAAGUCACUCUUUUUCAAGAUCAUUAAGCAUCUCGAAACAAAAAGGUCUAUAUGUGUGUGGGUGCAGAUUGUCCUCUAUUGUUCUUUUUGCUUUUUGGAGAGUUUCUCAACCUUUCAGAACCACUGGGAUAAUAUUUUAGUGACUCAUACAUGUAAACAUGUUCGCAUUAAUGGUCUUUUUUUUUUACUCUCAGUAAAAAAAAAAAGUCAAUGAUUUAUUAGCUGAAAUUGGCAUGAUGAAAGGGAACAGUAAAAAUUGGGACCAGCAAAGGUUGUGAAACUCUAGUUUCCAGGUGUGCUUGUUGUCCUUUUUUGGGGUCUUUUUCUGUGUAUUUUAUAUUCCUUAAAUUCUAUUUUUCACUUUUAAAGAAUUACGUUAUUACUUUGAAACAAUAUAUUGCUUUUUGUUAUUUUUAAUUUAUCAGAUAGAGUGGUUAUAUUUUGACAAUAUACUUGUACAUACGAGUGUAAAUAUCACUUUGAAUAUAAUCUUUAGCCCUGAUUGUGGGAGGGGUGUUAGUCCGGCUGACCCUUUUCAGCCUGGACACCAGCAUGUCCUCCCAGCCAGGAUAUGAAAAUCAGAGCGACCAAUGAGUUUUUGUUGGACGGAAGUAGGCUGCAGAGUGACACAUGCUGAAUAUCACUUGAAAUUGCUCAUUCCUGUUUAGGUGUGCAUCACAUAGCAGCUGGCGUCUUGAACCUGCAUUCAACAGUGUUGCCUUGUAAAGCAAAACCUACUGAAUACACACAAGGCUGACUUUUGAAGUUACUGGAUCUUGUCUGUAUGCAUGUUGUUGGGUGAAAGCAAAAACCAGAUUUUCUUUUUAGCAUUUGGAUUUUGGACAAAACAGUCAUCCCACUUAGUUGCGUUAGAUAAAAGGCUGCUUCUUGCAGGUGCUAAUUUUGUGUUGGCUAAGCCUGGAGGCUGGGUGAUACGUGCCUGCCAGCACAUCUACAGGUCAGCCCUUAGCCUGUUUCAUAUUCGGUUUGUCUGUCGGUUUGUUGGCCCAACUAUUAAUGGCAAAAUUAUUCUACAUCGUGUUACAUACUAAACCUAAUACAAGCACAGUAUGCAGAUGGGUUCAGUCAUUUGGUUAGAUAUUCAGGCCAGUCAAACUAAUGGGAAUGUAUCGUUAAGACUUGCAUUUAUUUGGAGUUUUUGCUGGUUGCAUGGCAACCACCGACAGUUGAGGGGAAAAAUGGCGCGUUCAAUGAACAAAAACAGUCUGAGAUGGGAAAGAUGUCAGUUAAUAGCGCUCCGGUUGACUGGUUGGAGAUGCAGUGGAUUUGACAUGGUUAGCUGUCAGCAGUGUACGUUCAUCACAAAUGCAGCAUGUGUCAUGUUGAGCAUACAUAAACAACACAAGAGUUCACAAGUGCUUCAAAUAGUAUUUUAAUGCAAAUGUAUGACAGGUUUUUACGCGCAAGACAACCAUUUUUGAAUUGGACGUUGUGGUUGGUGAGGCUCUCCUCUGCUGUCGCAUUCGGCUAAAAAGUCUGGACUCGGCACAACAGUUUCAACAGCGUCUCAUUUGCAAGUCUUAAAACCAGUAAGCUUUUGUCACCAACAGAGGUAGAUUAUAUUACUAGUGCAAGUGUAUAACAAACAAUUAUGCUGUGUCAAGUGAGUACAUAUAUGACGGUGGACGUCGGGUUAGCAUUAUGUUGUGGUUAAUUUAGAGGGAUUUAAACUGGCCGAAUGGUUUCUGAACAGUGAGUUUCUGUGUCGAUUUUACCGACUCGGUUUGGGCUUGUAUUUCUCCGACCUUUGAGGUUCAGGUUCGUCUCAUCUGAUUGAUUCCCUGCGGGGGAUUGGAAAAUUCCGAGUUAUAUACAACACGGCAUUCAUUCGACGUUCCAAAUGAAUGAUGUUCCGACUUUGACGGCAUUCCGGUUUCCUUUUAGGAAGUCGGAAUUCAUAUUUCCCAAAACAAACAAAGCAACGAAAUGACUAUUUCCAUGAAUCCCCGCAUAGUGUCCCAGACCCAGAUACAAUUUACCGUCCAAAAGUUUAGAGAUUGCCACACUAACCCAGCAAAAAAAGAGGUGAAAUAAUUUCCCCUUGAUCUAAAUAACAUGCAUCUAUUAUCUUUAAAGUCGCAGCUGCAUGGAUUAAUCAAAGCUUACCUAAACGAGAGUAGUUGCUGUAACCUCUGGUUUCCGACGCUUUAAAAAAAAGGAAAACUAACUGGUUUCUGUGUAGCAUCACUAAAGAGAGCUAUCAGUCUGCCAAAAAACAAGAAAACAUGCAGUUUGCCCCCAAAAGUGUUAUUUUAAACAAAAGUGUAUUGAACCUUUGCAUAGGUAAAUGUAUUUAUUCGUGUCCACAUUACAGAUUAAUCUUCAAUCAGUGUAAUAUUUGAAUAAUUGCAUAAUCUAAGGACAUGGACAGAUUAUAUAAUCACGUGCUGAUGAAAUGUCUCUGUCAUAUCACUUGUUCAGAUCUUGCCCUUAUACUGUAUCUGUUCCUGCAGUCGGACAUCCUACUCUACUUUAUUGGUCGUGCAUAGCUGUGAACUGUGUGAAAUUGUCUUGCAUAUACAUAUGUCUAUUUUUUUAUAUAUUUCCUACAUGACAGUGGUGUUGACGUGGCUUCAGAUAGUGAAACGACUCAAAUUAUUCAGCAAUAAAGACCUGAAGCUGCCCAGUGAUGUAGUGAGAAAACUGGGUCAAACGCUGGACUUCUACUGAGAUGUUUCUGGAUGCUGCAUCCUAUCGCUUUGCUCUAUACUGCAUGUACACAACUGUUCUACAUUUUCAGUCAUUAUUUCAACAAUUAAGGCUGAUUUCUCCUGCAGAGUUUAGUACUAUGCAAAGGUUUGUGCAGCCCGUGACUAUUUUGCACCUUUUAAUGUGCUACAGAGGAUGUGAUUUUUGCAUAUUUGUCCAAAAUCUACACAAAGCUGUGUCAAAGCCAAGAUUUUAAAAUAAAAUGUAUGAGGGGAUUUUUCUCCGGCUUGCUCUUUA